AGUCGAUGCUAUAAAUAGAGAGUGGCACCUCAGUUCUUCUUCAGCCGUCCUCCAACAUUUUCACAGAAUUCUUCGAGCAAAUUGAAGAAUUUCGAAUUCCCCAAAUUCCUAAUCGAAGCAAGCACCAUGAAGCAAAAGGUCGUGAUUAAGGUGUCUAUGAACGAUCACGCCUCGAGUUUUUAUUGUUUUGGCCCCCAAAACCCUCACUCCAAAGCUUUGAGACUUACGGGUGGCUUUCCAGGAGUUCAAUCCGUGGCGCUGGUGGGUGACCAGGAUCAGAUCGAGGCGACCGGGGAGAUCGAUGCGGUCAAGCUCACCACUUUGCUCAGGAAGAAAGUCGGGUUCGCGGAGAUAGUGUCCGUGGGUGAGGUCAGGAAAGACAAACCCAACGAAAAGAAGGACGCACAGCCUGUCGUAUGGUCGUACCCGCACCGUGAAGUCAUCUACCUCGGGGAUUCAUACCCACUGUUCUAGCCCCUGUAGGAUCGACAAAGAUCGACAUUGAUGACUCAUAUAAACGAUGUGAUAAGCUUAUUUACACAAGCAGUUUUGAGAAGUGAAUAAAAUCAAUUCCCGAUUUUCAACGA